AUGGAAUGGUUCGUGAGGAAACUUCGUCUUCGAGAUUUUACACAAACUAUAUCAGACAUGAUGAAAAUGAAAUGUCACAAGCCAGCGCGUCUCAAAGACAGACUGAUCUAUGAUCUCAUAGAAAGUGAUGUUUGUCCGCAAAGAGGUACGUCUGUUAGUGCAUAUGUGCUGGUUUUUUCACUUUCUGAAGGCUAUCAAAUUGACGAGUUGAUUCAUUGCGUACAUCGCCCAGAGCAUUGGUAUGAUCCAGCGUUUCUGAGUACUGUGUGUUUCCCGCUCAAAUUACAUGAACUUGUGCUGUUACUUAUCAAUGUAAGAAAGAUAUAGUAAAAAUAAAUAUGUGAAUGACAAUAAAAAAUUAUGCUUAAUUAAGUACUAAGCAUGAACAUUUGACUGGCUUUUGUACACUGAAUUUUCAAAAUUUGCACAGAAUUAGUUCUCUGCGAUUUUCUAGGACUUUAUUUAAUUAAAUAGCAUUGGACUUCCGAUGAAAUUUUGAAACAUUUCAUGCAAAUUUUCAUACAGUGCAAGCCGUAGAUGAAUGCAAGUUACAACUCCAUAAAUGUCAUCCGUUUGCCGAUUGUUUGGACCGCAAAGACGGUUACGUCUGUUCUUGUCAAACUGGUUUCACUGGAAAUGGAAAAAGCUGCAUAGGUAUGUGAGACGAAAUGAAGCUUGGUUGCCCUAACUUUUCUUUUGUUUCAUAUUUUCACUUUCGAGGCGUCGUUACGAACCCAGGCUAUCCAAGACUCUCCUAGAGGAUAUCGAUGGAGAGAACAGUUUAGAACAGAUAGACGACAUAGACUAGUAUGUAGUGUAAAUAAAGUAUGUUGAAUUUUAUUAAUGACCAAAUAAUGCAGUUUCUAUGUUUAGACAUAGACGAAUGCGAACUCACUGAUCAUGAACAAUGUCCAGAACACUCCAGGUGUAAGAACACUCUGGGAACAUAUUCAUGUGUCUGCAAUGAAGGAUAUCUUAAAAGAAACUCGAAGUGUCAAGGUACACUUGUUGUCGACGGUCGUCGUCGUCGUCGUCGUCGUCGUCGUCGUUGUUGUUGCUGUUGUUGUUGUUGUUGUUGUUGUUGUUGUUGUUGUCGUUGUUCGUCGUCGUUAUCGUCGUCGUCGUCGUCGUCGUUGUUGUCGUUGUUCGUCGUCGUCGUCGUCGUCGUUGUUGUUGUUGUUGUUGUUGUUGUUGUUGUUGUCGUGGUUGUUGUUGUUGUUGUCGUCGUCAUUGUUGUUGUUGUUGUUGUUGUUUUAUCCAAACAGCCGGCCUAACCUCUAUCAAUGAGGAUUACAUUAAUUUGUUUCUUGUUAAGAUAUGAACGAAUGUGAAGAUAGUACAGCAGAAUGUCACAGACAUGCCAUAUGUAAAAAUACCCCAGGAAGUUAUCGCUGCACUUGUAAACCAGGAUACUCUGGUGAAAAUGGUCAAGAUUGUGUUCGAGACGGUAAAGUUUUAUAUUUUCAAUAUCUACUAUUUACAACAUGAGUGGCUGUGUUGUGUCAGAUAUACAAACUCCUUCACGCUCAUGAUUUCUUUCGUGUUUUCUUCAUGAAUUAUUAAUGAGUUUCAUAAAGAUUAUAUAAAACCCCAAUUCCCACUUUUCCAAGUCACCAUGGUGUUUUCUAAAUCUCUGUAGCUAUCAAGAGCUGUAGUAGUAAUCCCAGCCCAUGUCGAGGCUGGAUGGAGGAAUGCAUUGAUGGUCAUCAACCGGGAAAAUAUGAAUGUCGAUGUCGAGCAGCAUUUGCAAGAUCCAACAAUGGUGAUUGUAAAGGUAAGAAAGCUUCAGAUGGAUAGGAUGCAACUACCUGAAAAAUACAAGGAGAACUUCGACGUUUCGAGCGAAGGCACUUCAUCGAGAAGUUAGUAGCGACAAACGUCCCAACGAAGGGCUUUUGCUCGAAACGUCGAAGUUUCAAGGACUGUUGUAUCUCUCUCAAGUCGUCUUAUCGGGCCUGAAGAAAUGUGCAAACCAAAACAGCGAGUUAAAUUUUAAUCCAGGCUUAGCGCUAACAACUGACCUCUGCUUACUAUUUAACAAUUAGUAAGUGCACACUCUUUGCUCGCUAUCUUUCCUAGUUAUCUCUCCAUAUUUGUCUCUGUGUAGAUGUCGAUGAAUGCAAGACGAAAACCGAUCCUUGCGACCCAAUCGCGGAAUGCCAAAACACAGAGGGUUCAUACAAGUGUGUUUGUCCCGAAGGAUAUUCAAAUCAUGGCCACACAUGUAUUGGUUAGUGGACGAUCCAUAUUUGAAAACUUAUAGAGCGAGCCACCUACUUUUCCCUACCACAACUGCUCUCAGAGGUUACGACAACUUCGUUGGUGUUUUCACACACGUAAAAACCAUAGAAAUAUUAGACCUAUCUAUGUCUAUUAUUUCUAUGGUAAAAACGCACAAGUUGUAACAAACCUGUAGCAGACUUGUAACAAUGCUGUUCCAACAACUUGUCACCAGGAUGUGUUCGCACUGCUUGUUCCCAGCUUGUUGACAAGUUGUUAACGGCUUGUUGAAAACUUGCUACAAGGUUGUUGAGCUCAACAGAGUUGUUACAAGUUGUUCCAACAACUUGUUAUCCUCCUGCAAUUCAACAAUUUGUCAACAAGUUGUGAGUGACAACUUUGUAGCAAUUUGAUAAAAUAACAGCAUUGUUACAACUUGUUGGCAAGCUUGACACAAGGCUGUUGGGAACACGUCUUGUUGACAAGUUGUGAGAUUUUUUCCUUUAUAUUUCUGUUCAGAUAUUGACGAAUGCGCAAAAGGCGAAGAUAAUUGUCACCGUGAUGCUAUUUGCGUCAACACCAUCGGCAGCUUCUCCUGUGUAUGUCGUGCUGGAUUUCAAGACUUUAAAGAUGGAAGACUUUGUUUGAAUGAAGAUGAAGGCAAGUUAUACUCACAGGCAUUUAUUCUCGAAGGCUAUUUUAGAAGUGGUCAGUAAUGCACGGGCUUUCACUUCGGCAAGAAAUAUGCCCGCCUAAAAAAAUAUUUGAGGCUGCAGCCCCCCCCCCCCAGCCUCCAGUCUCAUGCGGCUAUGGUAAAACAUGAAAUACUAUAAUAAUUUUUUUUAUUUUUAAAGAUGAAGUCAACAUGGCUCCAAUAAUUGGGGGAUCUUGUGCUAUCGUGGUACUUGGUAUUGCAUUGUUCGCAUUUAUUUUGUAUGCGAGGUGAUGCAGAUAUAAUAUAUAUGCUGCCUGAUGAAUAUAAUGCUGCCCUAGAAUAAUAUAUAUGCUGCCUUAUUUGUGGCUGAACUACCAGAAAAAAAUUUUAAAAUCUUUGAAACUCUUCGUCAGUCACGUAUUUUUUUGUAUAUAAUUGAUUAGUAUUUCAUCUGACUUUUUCCAUGAAUUUAUCUUGCAGAGAAGUCCGCAAGAGAAAGAACGGGAUUGAUAAGAAACCUCUGAUCAAAGGCAAAUCAAAGAAGAACUGGUUAUCAAACUUUAUGUCUCCUGAAGCUGAUAUAAACAG